AUGGAACCGUCCAAUAUUUUCAAUGGCCCUGAGGCGAAUGUAGAGAAAAAUAGAGGGUGAGUUUUUUUUUUUUUACCACAACCUGUUAGUCUAACAAUGAAUUAAUGACAUUUAACUAUAGCAUGUAAAUAAAUAAUUAUAAUUGUAAUAAAUUCAACUUUGUGAUUGUGUUAUUCCGAAAUUGUAUUUUCGGACCGUAAUUUGGGUUACUUAUUAUUUUGUUUAUGAAAGGUUGAUAAUUUGUUAUUGUUGACUACAAUAAUUUAGUAUCGCCAAAAAGUAUCCAGUAAAUAAAUAUUAAAUACAAACAUCCUUUUAAAAUAUAAAAAUAAUACCAUUAUACAAUUAAAGCAUUUUUUUUUUCUGUAAUGCAUAGAUUGUCGGAAAGUACCCAGCAAGGCAAAGCUACAUUUGGUCGACAUGUAGCUCACAAACAUCAUGAUACAAUGGGCGACGUGAGACUUCUAUUAUUAUAAUGUAAUUUAAAUCGAAUGUAAUUAUUUUUAUUUUUAUUUGUAGAUAUUACGAAGUCACUCUGGUUUCGGGAGUUCUAAAUUCAAACAUCAAUCAGAUUUGUAAGUAAAUUUAAAGUUUAAUACAUCUAUACACGAAUUUUACAUAUUUUUAUUGGUAUAUCAUCUCAGUAACCGCUCUAAAGAAGUAAUUAAUUCUGAUAAUGGCGAUGAAAUUCAAGAUAUCACAAGCAUUCGUCAUAGAGCUCAUAAACCUCAUGAUACAAUGCGCGAAGUAAGUAUUACAAUAAUGUUAUACACGUAUGAAGAGUAAACUUAAUUAUUCUUUGUAGAUUAUACAUAACAAUGGCGAUGCUGUUUUCGGAAAAUUCAAAUACAAUCAUGACUCAGAUUUGUUAGUAUAUUAGUUUUGAGGGCAUUCUUAAGACAUAUUUUGUGUAUUUGUCUACCUAAUGAGAAACAUGGCAAAAAUUGGUUUUUGUAAUUCUGAUAAAAAAUUAGACCUAAAAAGAAAUUGUUUCAUCAAAUAAUAGAUGGAAACGUUUACUAUAUUUUCAAAGGGGAAUAUUUUGAUAAAUAUGGCAUUUUUAUUAUGAUAAAAAAAAUAGACUUUUUAUAAAAAAUAAAUUAUUUGGGAAAUAGAUUUUAAAAAACCUCCCAUUAAAAAACUAUUGUUAAUAUAGAUGGCUUUAUUUAUUUAUUUAUUUAUUUAUUUAGGUACCUUAGAUCCUGAGUAUUGUCGGGAGUACAUUUUUUGUAAUAUAUUACCUGUUAGACAAACUGAGACGAAAAAUGUUACUGUAACACCCUUAGCUGUUAAGAUUCAAUUUAUUGUGAGUUUUAAAUUAGUUUCACCAAUAUUUUAUUUAGAACCGAUAAACAAGUCAACAAAAUAAACUCUGAACAUGUCGAUGAAUAUCAAGCUGAUGCAAAAGACCAAAAAGACGCGCACAAACAUCACGAUACAAUUGGCGAUACCAUUCCAGAUUUGAAUUGA